GCCUGUCAACAAUUUUUCACAGGUCCAGCUAAAUUUCCCCGCGAUACUCCAUACUGGCCAAGUGUGAGUGGCCGUCUGGGGAAAACGCCCCACUUCACCCCUGCAAAAUAUUUCUCCAUGAUCCAUCUGAAGCUCCCGCCUGAACUCAGCUACCGCAAAACCAUCGCAACCCCCAAAAUGUCGCAAACACUCGCCAUCGCCGUCCCAGGCCAAGUCCUAGGAACAGUCAGCGACUUUCUUCCUGGUCCAGGAACACACAUUCACGACGCCAAACUCUACGCCUCAAUCCUCGGGCCCAUCAAAACAACGACCCCUCCCAAGCCCGCCGGGCCUCAGAAGCGAUUGACCAAAAUCACCGCUGCGACACCUGCGGUGCUCCCUACGGUGUCAAUCGAGCAAGAUAUAUCUGCGAAUAGUGGGAAGGAUGGGGCCGGGAAGGAAGUCCUGCCGGAGGUGGGCAGUACGGUGCUUUGCAGAGUGACGAGAAUUCGACCCAAGGAAGCGACGGUUGCGAUUCUGGUGGUUGGGGAAACGGUGUUGAAUGGGGAGUGGCAGGGCCUGAUUAGGGUACAGGAUGUGAGAGCUACGGAGAAGGACAAGGUGAAGAUCUUUGAGAGUUUUAGACCGGGUGAUAUUGUGAGGGCGAUUGUGGUAGUUUUUUGCCUCGCAUUGAACCUAAGACAGGAGCGCAAACUAAUUUUGGAUGCAGAUAUCUUUGGGAGAUCAAGCGAAUUAUUACCUCUCGACCGCAAGCAACAACUUGGGCGUUAUUAUGGCUACGAGUGAGGCGGGUAAUUCUAUGUAUCCAGUCAGCUGGAAGGAAUAUCGAGAUCCUGAGACUGGAGGAAGCGAAAGUCGAAAAGUCGCGAAGCCUUUCUAAAAAAAACCCGUGUGAAGGAAGAUUGGUGGGUAUAUUCGCAUAGCGGUUGGAGCUGGGGUUUUCAAGACGGUUCACGUCUUUUAGGGAAUUCUAUUCGAUACUUUUUUUUGCAAUACCGUUGAUGAACAAUUCGAACAAAUACCAAUCCCACCUUGGAGCCCUUUCAUGUCUGUGUUGCAGCACAGCUUCACUCUCCACGUCCUCGUACUUGCUCACGCCCCUUUACACCUAUCGACGUAAUCGUAUAUUUGCCACAUCCGCCCCCUAGGUUUCGCUAGGGGGCUUGAGUGAAUAGAGACUGAGCUGGGACGUUGGCUUCGCUUAAAUUGAUUCAUCAUAUGGAAUGACAAUGAGUUUGCUGAACAUUUA